AGUAGGCUAAGCUGAAUCUAUAGACUAGAGUAGAGUAGUGUAAAGGGAAAUGAGUGAUUAACUUCUCAAACUGAGAGAGAGAGAGAGAAAGAGAGAGAGCACUGAAGUGAAGAGUGCAUUGUGAUAUGAGGAAGCAACAACGUUGGCAAGUUGGUAUCGUGGAUUGAGGUGGUCUUUUGGGGGAAACCAUCAACGACAACGACAGCAUCAAAAGGAAGAGAAAGACCCAGAAACGGGAACGGCUUUCAGAAACUCACAAGCUUUUCAAAAAGAGCUUCAAAGUGAAGGAAAAAAGUGCCCUUUGAUUCUUGGUCACCACAACGCCAAGACAAACAACAAACAAAGCAAAACACACACACACACACAAGCAAACUAGAGGAGCCACCGCAACAUGUUUUCUGUAACCGAAUGCUAUAAUUCAAGGGAGUUGGUGGUGGUGGUUGUUACAGAAUAGAAAGAGAAAAAAAAAGCAUUUUUGUAGUUUGGAAUUAUCAUUGCUACUACUUCGUCUACUACACACAUUUAACUGUCAUGUCUGGUUGGUGAAAGGAGCUUUCUGUUGUGUUGGCUUUGUCUUUCUGUUGUGUGGUUUUGUUUGCUGUUGAAUGGCACAUCUGGGGUGUUGUAAUCUUGGGGGCCCUGGGAGUAGUGGAACUUCUCUACCGGAAAAAGGUUUGAAGGAUGAUGAUCUCUAUAGAGAGCUAUGGAAGCUGUGUGCAGGGCCAUUGGUGGAUGUUCCUCGUACUGGAGACAGAGUUUUCUACUUCCCUCAGGGUCACAUGGAACAAUUGCAAGCAUCUACGGAUCAGGAAUUGAACCAGGAAAUUCCCCAUUUCAAUCUCCCGGCCAAGAUUUUUUGCCGUGUUGUGAACAUUCAGUUGUUGGCGGAACAAGACACUGAUGAGGUUUAUGCUUGCAUCGCUUUGCUUCCAGAAUCAGAUCAAACUGAGCCUACAAAUCCUGAUCCAAAUAUUUCUGAGCCCCCAAAACAGAAGUUUCACUCAUUUUGCAAGAUAUUAACUGCCUCUGAUACUAGCACACAUGGAGGAUUUUCAGUUUUGCGGAAGCAUGCUACUGAGUGCCUGCCUGCAUUGGACAUGACUCAAGCAACCCCUACUCAGGAGUUGGCAGCAAAGGAUCUUCAUGGAUUUGAGUGGAAGUUUAAGCAUAUAUAUAGGGGUCAACCAAGGAGGCACUUACUUACAACUGGCUGGAGUACAUUUGUUGCAUCUAAAAGAUUGGUUGCUGGAGAUGCUUUUGUGUUUUUAAGGGGAGAGCAUGGGCAAUUGAGAGUUGGAGUUAGACGUUUAGCGCGGCAGCAGAGUCCUAUGCCUUCAUCUGUGAUAUCAAGCCAGAGCAUGCAUCUUGGAGUGCUUGCCACUGCUUCCCAUGCUGUCAUGACUCGUACCAUGUUUUUGGUUUAUUACAAGCCAAGGACUAGCCAGUUUAUUGUUGGUUUGAACAAAUAUCUAGAGGCAGUCAACAAUAAGUUUUCACUCGGCAUGCGAUUCAAGAUGAGAUUCGAGGGAGAUGACUCACCUGAGAGAAGGUUUUCAGGUACUAUUGUUGGGGUUGGAGACGUGUCUGCAGGAUGGUCAAAUUCACAGUGGCGCUCAUUGAAGGUUCAAUGGGAUGAACCAGCAACAAUUCCAAGGCCAGAUAGGGUUUCUUGCUGGGAGAUAGAGCCUUUUGUAGCUUCUACUGCUUUGAAUGUCACACAACCAGCAGUGAAGGGUAAAAGGUCUAGGCCUGCUGAUGUAUCGUCUUCUGGUAGGAAGCUUGUCCUAAGUUUAACUUUAAUGAGUUCUUUAAUUUAUUACCUAAGAUAUUAUUUUGAUAUUUUCAAUUCAGCUGCUUCAGGUUUCUGGUAUCAUGGUUCUUCCAAUGAGCUUAGUCAAUUAGGUGCUGCCACUGCUGAAGUCCAAAGCAAGGAAAAUCAGGUUGUUCCAUGUUCUCUGAGGCAGAAAGACAUUAUUAAUAGCAAUCCAAUUGAUGCUAAUAACUCUAGCAUCAGCUCUAGAGUCCGGAUGGAAGGAGUAUGGCCUUCUUCACCACAUUUGAAUGUCACUCCAAACCUUUUUUCUGAUCCCAAUAACAACAGUGUUUUGGCACGAUCACCGAUCUCUGGUUAUCUUAAUGUUCCAUCUAGAUCAAGUGAUGGUCCCACAUGUGAGCAUGUGGAAGACGGGAAAAAGAUUGAGAAUUCCCUUGAUUGCUGGUUAUUUGGAGUUAAUUUGACUAACAAUUGUAGCAAUGUUAUAAUUACUACUCCUUCAGAGAGGGAACUGAGAGGUCCAAUAAGCUCAAGUGUUGCUCCUAGUGGUCCCAAAGAAUCUAUUCCUGCAGCUGCAUGUGAAACUGAGAGGGUUCAGACUCCCAACUAUUCACUGUCCAACAAGGGGCAGAAGCAAAUUAUUUCUGAGGCAUCACCAAAUGAGUGGCAGAACAAGCAGGCCACUGUACCAUCCAUGAGGACGCGGACUAAGGUGCAAAUGCAAGGUGUUGCUGUUGGUCGUGCGUUUGACUUGACCACAUUGAGUGGCUAUGAUGAUCUCAUAGAAGAACUCGAGAAAUUGUUUGAGAUCAGAGGAGAGUUGCAUUCACAAGACAAAUGGGCUGUUACUUUCACGGAUGAUGAAAAUGACAUGAUGCUCGUGGGUGAUGAUCCAUGGCCGGAGUUCUGCAACAUGGUGAAGAGGAUUUUCAUUUGUUCACGGGAGGACUUGAAGAAGAUGAAAUGCUGCAAGCUACCUGCUUCUUCAUCAGAGGUUGAAGAGGUUCUAUUGAGUCCAGAUUCACAGAAUAGGGAUGAGACUCAACAGUCUCACAUGCCUUAGACAACUUAGUUUUUUUUUUUUUUUUCCUUUUUUUUUGGGGUCUGGGAAGGGAAAUAUAUCUGAUGGCAUAGGUUGCUCCAUUUUAAUGAACUUUCACAGCAACUGCAGAUUAGUGGGCUAGUUUAAGUGGACUUAUUAUAUAAUAUGAAAGCAAUAGGUAGUGCAGUUGGAUUUUAGGUACUUAUAUUUGUGAAUAUCUUCUUUUUUUUUAAUCCUAGAGUGCCAUCAGCAUGUAAACAAGUAUGAUUUUCCCUCUCUAAUGGAUUGUCUGUCUGUGAUGUGUCGGUUUGUUCCACAUA